UAAGAUUGUUUAAUCAAAUGGGUAUAUUUAAAAAUGCUUUUAAAAAAAUUCAUAGCAAUAGUUUUGCACAAAAACCACCAUGGAAAAUUUUAUUCUUUGGUACUGAUGAAUUUUCCGUGUAUAGUCUAAAAGCUUUAUAUCGUGAAUACAUUAAUGGAACAGUAUUAAAAAAACUGGAAGUCGUCACCACUACAAAAGGAAAAGCUAAUCCUGUUAGAAAAUAUGCAGAUGAACACAAAUUGUUAAUACAUAGUUGGCCCGUAACGGUACCAGAAUAUGUGUUUGAUGUUGGUCUUGUUGUAUCGUUUGGACAUUUAAUACCGGAAUCUGUUAUAAGUAAAUUCCCAUUAGGUAUGCUAAAUGUUCACGCAAGCUUAUUACCAAGGUGGAGAGGAGCAGCUCCAAUUAUUUACACCUUGGCAAAUGGUGACACAGAAACAGGGAUAACGAUAAUGAGGAUACGUCCCAAACAAUUUGACAUUGGUGAAAUAUUGAUGCAAGCUAAUGUUCUUGUAAGUAGUCAUGCAAAGAUGCCUGAAUUAUAUGAAACACUAGGUGGUUUGGGUGCUAAGUCUUUAAUAAGUUGUUUAGAAGAUUUACAAGAAAGACUAGCAAAUGCAAAACCUCAGCCUGAUGAAGGUGUUACGUUUGCUCCUAAAGUCAGUUCGGAAUUUGCCGUUGUUUCUUGGGAGGACAUGACAUCCACUCAAAUUUACAACAGGGAAAGGGCUGUGACUGGUUUGUUUUCAUUAACUUCCUCGUGGAAUGGGAUUCCAGUGAAACUAGUGGGUGUAACGGAUUGUAAAAACUGUGAUGCACUUUUAAAUAGUAAAGACAGUGUACCUUUAAAACCCGGUUUUGUGAAAUAUGACAAGAAACGGAAAACUUUAAUUGUAGUAUGUGCAGACAAGACUUUGAUAAGUGUGGAUAAAAUUGGAAUUUUUGGCAAGAGAGUUAUGACUGCCAUGGAGUUUAAUAAUGGUUACAUUAAGAAAGAACCAGUAGAGAAUCGAUGUUUUAAGUUUCGUAGAGGAACAACCUGAGAAAAUGUCACCGAUAUGCCCCUAAGGGAAUACGUGGAGGUCUUCAUCACUCUGGCUGUGGGCUGUUUCAUCGUUGUGGGUCUGCUGUUGUG